GACUUAGCUUACAAUAUAACUUUUUUUCUGCGACGUCUUAUUAGGGUGAACGGGCACAUAAUGACACGGGUUAUUAUUAUUUCUUUUUAAAUCUGUUCUGGCCGUUUGUAAUAAGAGAUGGAGGAUUCGUCUCGCCCGUCGGCGGCUUCAGGGAGCGGCACCGACAUGUACGAGCUGAACAAGGACUUGGAGAGGAUGACCGAGGAUGUGGAGAACAUGGCAGUGCAGCUGACCUGGAUGGCUUACGACAUGGUGACGCUGCGGACCGGCUUCGAGGUGGAGGCGUCCAUGCGGGAGCUGGAGGAGGCGUGUCGCCGGUGCAUGGCGGCCGUCUUCGGCGAGCCCGAACCGCCGGAGCCGGAGAUGAACGCUGGGGCUGAGGAUGCUGACUCAGCACAGAGUUGAACAUUUUCUGAUUUGUUGCGUUCAAGUUAAACGUGUCAAUUCGUAGUGUUGUUGUUGUUGUUGGUUGCCUUUGUUAAAAUAAGUUUUAUUACAACUGAUAGUUUACGUUUUAUUAUUGUUAUUACUAUUAUCCUUAUCUAAACUGUUGUAAUCUGUUUGGGUUAUAGAUUUGAACAAAGACGCUAAU